CCCUCGUCCCGGGCCGGCGCUGCAGCCACAGCGACGUAGGCGCGUGGGGCCCGGCCACCCCGUGCGUUGCGCUCCUCCGGGAACAACACCCAACCAACCACCACCGCGAUCCGCACAGACGGCAGCCGCAGCAGCACAGCACAGUGGUUGGGGUUUUUGGUUCGUUUCCCUCCGCUCCUCUCCUUCCCCUGCAUCGAUUCUUGCUAGGCAACGCAAAGUACCAGUGGCAGCGGCGUAACUCGCAUUUGCUGCACUCUGCUGCUCCUCCUCCUUCACAUCAAUACCCUCCUCCACUCCGCACUUUUCGAAGAGAAGCGAGGAGAAAAGUAGGGGACCAAGAAAGCGAUCAAAGGCGGCAGAGAUCGUCGGCUGCUCGACUCGACUGGUCUUCGACUUCUUUUUUGGGUCUCGAUCUUCGACACAAUCCUCCCGGGCAUUUUCCACCUCUUUUCAAAUUCCGAUGGACCAUAGCUCUGCUGAAGAAUCAGACAUUAGUGAUUCGGAUAUUGUUGAGUACAAGGAGAUGACUUGCGCCCGACUGCGAGCCGGAAAAAUGAAAGUGAAGUAUGGUGAGAAGACCUUUCGGUGCCCUUUCUGCCCGGGGAAAAAGAAGCAAGAUUACAACCUGAAGGAUCUGCUGCAGCAUGCCACAGGAAUGGGGGCUGCUCCUAAGCGCGAGGCCAAGGUGAAGGCCACACACCUAGGACUUGCUAUGUAUUUGGAGAAGGAUUUAGCGAGCUCGUUGGGGAAACCAUUGGAAAUUGUGGCCUACAAGCCAAAAAUUCCUAAGAAUGAAGAAGAGAAGUUUGUAUGGCCAUGGAUGGGCAUUGUGGUUAAUUUACCAUCUGAGUUGAAGUUCGAAGAAUUUUCCAGGGAAAGUGAGGAUAGGCUGAGAGCACAGUUCUCGCGGUUCAGACCACUCCAAGUCACGAUUCUUGCGAAUGUCAAGGACCAAACACUUUGUGCUAUCAUCAAGUUUGCUAAACACUGGAGUGGAUUUAAUGAUGCAUCUUCCUUUGAAAAGCAUUUCAAAGUGGAGAAAUAUGGCAAGGUAGACUGGAGCAAAAGAAACUGUAGAAAGGAUGAUCUUUAUGGAUGGCUUGCAAGAUUUGAUGAUUAUAACUCUCCUGGACCAAUUGGGGAGCAUUUAAGAAACAAUGGUGUUCUUAGAAGUGUUGGUGACCUGGAACGUGAGGGACUGCAAGAAACUGAUAGACGUGUAUCUUGUUAUGCUCGCCAAAUCGAGGAGACAAAUAAACAGAUGAGAGAGCUGGAGCUGAAGAACAACCAAAAUGCCAUGAAACUUGAAAGGAUGAUGGAGGAGAAAGAUCGAUUGGUUGAAGAGCACAAUAAAAAGAUACUAAAGAUGCAGAAUGCUGCUUGUCAAAGUUCUAGGAAAAUAAUUGGUGAAAAUCUUAGGUUGCAUGAGGAACUAGAGAAUAGGAGAAAAGAAAUUGAGAGGAGAUGUAAGCAACUUGAAGAUUUGGCUACAAAAAGUAAUAUUGACGGAGCAAAGCUUGAAGCGGCAAAAGAAAAAAAUGCAAAGGAGAAUGGGCUUCUUAAUUUAGCAACCCAAAAGCAGAAGGAGGCAGAUAAAGAGCUUUUGCAACUUGUUCAGAAACAAAAGGAAGAAACAGAUGCUGCUUUGAAGAAGCUAACUGAUCUAGAAAUGCAGUUAGCUUCCAAACACAAACUUGAACUGGAAAUAGAACAGUUGAGGGGAAAGUUAGAGGUAAUGAAGCACAUGGGAGCUGAGGAAGAUACAAAAUUGAAGGAGCUUGAUAAGUUGCGUGAAACACUGGAAGAGAAAGAUGCAGAAAUGGAGGAUAUUGAUUCUCUUAACCAGACCCUCAUUAUUAAGGAACGAAGGACCAAUGAUGAGCUGGAAGAUGCCAAGAAAGAACUGAUAAGUGGCUUACAAAAGAUGUCAGGAGCUCGAUCCGUUAUUGGUGUCAAAAGAAUGGGUGAGCUUGAUCAGAAAGCUUUUCUUGCUGCAUGCAAAGAGAAAACAGCAAAAGAUGAUGGCAAAAAGUUGGCACUUCUGUGUUCAAAAUGGGAUGGUGAGAUCAAACAACCAGGAUGGCAUCCCUUCAAGAUUAUCAAUGUUGAUGGACAGGCAAAGGAAAUAAUUCAGGAAGAUGAUGAGAAGCUGCAAGCUUUGAAGGCUGAAUUGGGUGAGAAGGCGCACGAUGUCGUUGUUAAGGCCCUCCUUGAGAUGAAUGAAUACAAUCCUAGCGGCAGGUAUCCCUUACCCGAGCUGUGGAACUUCAACGACGACCAGAAAGCGUCGAUGGGGGAGGUAGCAGCAUACCUGGUGAAGCAGUGGAAGACGCACAAGAAGAAGCGCACCUACGCCUGAGUGAGGUGUGGACCGUGGAGUGGCCUUGCUUGACCAAACUGGUGCCAUUGAUGUCUCGCUCCUGACCACUUACCUGAGACAUGCUAUAAAACAUACUACCUAAUUUGUUCUCUUGAGACUAUUAAAACAGUUAUUCCGCCUUGAGACAGGUGCCAUGUUCUUUAUUCGGACUAUUAACUGUGAUUUGCGAAAUGCAAAUGUAAGGAUGACUUAGACCGUAUUCUGAUAUUAUGGA